AUGUCUGCAAAGAGACCCAGAAACCCUGUUACCCUGCCUUCCUCCGAUACCAUCGUCCUCGGACGCCCCUCGCCCUGCCCCAAGGCCUUCCCCUCGGGUGACAUCCUUGGACUGCCCAUGAUGGAGGACGACCAGCAGCUCUGGGACCUCAGCCCCGUCUCGCCGUCCAUGGGCGGAGUCUGGGAUAUGAAAGCCGACGCUAUGGCGUUUGCCAACUCGCUCGAGCGCGAUCUCAAGAAUGCCCAGGUGCGCAACGGCCAGCCGACGCCGCCGCCCUACGACGACCAGACCUCGGGCGAGGUAUCCGCUAUCCUCAACACAGACAACGCUACACAACGUCGCCGGAUCCGUGAGGCCAAGGCCGCAGCUGCUAGUCUCAGUCCUGACCUCGACUUCGACGAUUUGCCGCACCAGGAGCGCGCGAAGCGGGCUAAGUUCCUCGAGCGCAACCGCCUGGCUGCUAGCAAGUGUCGCCAGAAGAAGAAAGAGCAUACCCAGCAGCUGGAGGUGCAGUUCAAAGAGCAGUCGGAGAAGAAUGCGCAUCUGCACAAAGAGAUCCAUGAGCUGAAAUCGCAGGCGCUGAAUCUCAAGAAUGAGUUGCUCAAGCAUGCUCAGUGCAACGACGAGGCGAUCAAGCUCCACCUGUCUCACAUGGUUAGCAAAAUCACUGAGAAUAACGUCGAUCCCCAGGCCGCACAGGUUUCUGCAGCCCCGGCUGCGGUGGUGACCAAUGUCUCUGCUGAGCUGCCUGAUGCCGGCAUUGUGCCCGUGGCCGAACCCGCUGAGGUGCUCCCGACUCCUCGUCCACCUGUUCCCACGGUCCUCUCGUUUGGCUUUGACGACCCGCUGCAGCUGGAGCCCGCUGCUGCCGCUGCUGCGGCGGACGCCUUUGAGCAGCAGCUGCGCCGUGACUCGGAGACUUCGCUCGAUUCCUCUUACACCUUCUCUGCCGACGACACCUUUGACGACCUCAUCAACGUCUGA